AUGGUUACAGUACUCCCUUGAAAGCUCCAUACAUACAUACAUACAUACCUACAUACACUCCAAAACUCACAAACUCCUGAAUCAUCACAAUUAACAAAACAUAUCAAGCCAUGGGCAGACCUCCUUGCUGCGAUAAAGUUGGAAUCAAGAAAGGUCCAUGGACUCCUGAGGAAGAUAUCAUCUUGGUCUCUUAUAUUCAAGAACAUGGUCCUGGAAAUUGGAGAUCAGUUCCCACUAACACUGGAUUAUUGAGAUGCAGCAAAAGUUGCAGACUUAGAUGGACGAAUUACCUUCGACCAGGAAUCAAACGUGGAAACUUUACUGCUCAUGAAGAAGGGAUGAUUAUUCAUUUGCAAGCUUUAUUGGGUAACAAGUGGGCAGCCAUUGCUUCUUACCUUCCACAAAGAACAGAUAAUGAUAUCAAGAACUACUGGAACACUCACUUGAAGAAGAAGCUAAAUAAGUUUCAAGCAGCUUCAGAGGCUCAAAUGGCUGCCACACAAACUAAUCAGAAUCAUAAUCAGUUCGUGGGGAAGAGCUUCAAUCUGGAUUUCACCUCAAGCCGACCAGCUUCUUCAACAAAUACAAGGCUUGUUCUGCUGGAUUCUAAUAAUAACAAUAACCAGAAUUCAUCCACUGCAACAUACGCUUCAAGCACGGAGAAUAUCUCACGUCUCCUGGAAGGUUGGAUGAGGGCUUCUCCCAAGCUCAAAACCAGUAUCAACAAUGGCGGAAGGGCAAAACAAGAGGAGGAAGAAGAAGGUGGUAAUUUGAUUUCUGAUGAUCAGGAGGAGUUUCAGACCAUUUUAUCAUUUGAUCAUCAUCAUCAUCAUAUGAACAAUGUUGUUGCAUGGGAUUAUAACAAGUGUACAAGUGAUUCUACUACAAAGGGUUCUGGUAAUGAAGACGAAAAGGGUAAUACGACGUCGUCUUCUUCACCAGACAGGAAGCAGAUCAUCUCCGAUCACAAUAAUCCUCCAUUAUCGUUUCUUGAGAAAUGGCUGCUAGAGGAAACAAGUACUGCUCAAGUCGAAGAAAUUAUGCAACUCCCUCCAAUAUUCUGAUUUUCUCUUCUUAAUUUCUUUUUCCUUUUUUUAAUUUUUAAUCAUCUGGGAUCAUAAUCAAUAAGAAAAAAAAAAAAAAAAAAAAAAAA